AUGGACAGAGUCAUCCUCCUGUUGUCAGUCCUGUCUCUGGGCGUCUCCUCUCAGCCAAUCACAGACAGCCAGCGUCUGUUCACCAUCGCUGUCAGCAGGGUGCAGCACCUCCACCUGCUCUCUCAGAGACUCUUCUCCGACUUCGAGAGUUCUCUGCAGACGGAGGAGCAGCGUCAACUCAACAAAAUCUUCCUGCAGGAUUUCUGUAACUCUGAUUACAUCAUCAGCCCCAUCGACAAGCACGAAACACAACGCAGCUCCGUUCUGAAGCUGUUAUCGAUCUCCUAUCGAUUGGUUGAGUCUUGGGAGUUCUCCAGCCGUUCUCUGUCUGGAGGUUCUGCUCAGCGGAACCAGAUUUCACCCAAACUGUCUGAACUAAAGACGGGAAUCCUGCUGCUGAUCAGGGCCAAUCAGGAUGGAACGGAGAUGUUCUCAGACCCCUCAGCCCUCCAGCUGGCUCGUUAUGGAAACUACUAUCAGAGUCUGGGAGCCGACGAAUCGCUGAGACGGACGUAUGAACUGCUGGCCUGCUUCAAGAAGGACAUGCACAAGGUGGAGACGUACCUGACAGUGGCUAAAUGUCGACUCUCUCCAGAAGCUAACUGCACCCUGUAG